CUCAACUUCGAAGUAUGUAGUAUCUUUGGCAAUGGCUGUCUUAUAAGUUUCUAUUAUAUUUUGUGGUCAGCUGAUCAGCCCAGUGGCAUCUUUGUGUUGAAGUCUGUAGUGUUAGCAAUAAUGAAUUGGCUAUGAAUAAGGUAAAACUCAGGACCACAUUGAGAACUAUUUACACCAAACAUAAUUAAAAACAGUUUAUCUUGUUCUGUUCUUGUUUCAUUUUGCUUGUAGCACAUUUUCUUGUAUGCAAAGGAGCUUUUCUAAAUAAGAGCAUUAGGAAGUAUGAAUGGGGUAUUUUGAAAAGUUACUAGACAGUCAGGUGUUAUUUGCUGACAUGAUUGAUGCAAUGGAGACUGGUGAAAAUUCUGUACCUGUACUAUAGAUAUAAGUUUUAAAAACAUGUAUGAGCACUAGGCAUUAAUUUUGUUGCAAUAUCCUUUGUUCUAGGGUUUAUCCAAUAUGCAGCAUUUGAAAAACAAUGUGAUGCCUUAUAUGUAGUUAGUGAAAAUGACUGUAAGUUCACAUUAAACUCUGACACCCCAAUGAAAAGCGACCAGAUAGAGGUAGAUCCUGCAAAAGCUUAUCAGUGGACACAAAACCUCGAAGACAUAACCAUUAAGUUACCAUUGCCUGAUGGUACUACUAGCAAUCAGGUACAAAUUCAAACAGAACCCACAAAAUUAGAAAUAAAAUGUGAGGCAAACAUUUUGGCAAGUGGUGAUUUGUAUCAGAGAAUUGAUUCAGAUUUGACCACUUGGAGUAUUGAAGAAAGUGUGUUACAAGUAAUUCUGAAUAAGAGUGAAAAUGGACUUAUGUGGCCGGAACUUAUUGUUGGUGAUAACACUGGUGAAUAUGUAUUAGACACAUGUAUAGUGCAAGAAGUUCAUGAAAAAUUGGCACAACUUUGUAGUGAGAGUGAGACUGCUCCACAAACUGGUGCAACAUUUAAUAGCCAACAGAUUGAAGAAUGCGAUUUUGAGACUGACAAAUCAGGUAGUUUUGAACGAUUUUGUGGAAAAACAAACCAAGCAACUCACAAGGUGAAUUUGGGUUCACAUCUGGUGCUAGUAACAUGUACAUUGGAUCCAUGUUUGCCUCCUGCCAUAGGAAUCCGCCAUGAUGUAGACGUGUGCAUUUGGCAACCAAAAAAUUGUGAUGGGAAUUUUGAAAUCACACAUGAAGGAACAUUGCUAGCAUUUGGUUAUGUUCAAGCAUCAAAGCAGAAUAGAAAAUUCAUAGCAUGUCCACCAGACCUUAGUUAUUCUGUAAUAAGUGAAUCAACAAGACAUCUGUUUAUAUACAGACAAGAUAGAUCUAUAACAGAUACAGAACUGAGAAACCGCUCAACUGGUAGGAGGAUUCAUAGUGUUGCUGAACAACAGGUUGUCAAUAUACCAGUUGAUGAAGAGAUACUUGGAAUUCAUGCCACUAAUAAUAUAUUGUAUUUACUUUUAGAAACAAGUAUUGUAUCACUUCAGAUGUAAAAUAAAUUUUAUUCAAAUAAAUAUAUAAAUAAAUCAGUAAA